AUGGAAAGAUUUUUUAAGAGAAAGUCAUCAUUGGGUAGUUCGGAUAGUGUGGGUAGUUCAAGAACUUCAAGUUCAAGACAAAGUGAGUUAGAUGAGGUUUUGGCUAAUCUUCAGGCAGACUCGGGACUAAGAAUUCGUAUGAUUGAGUAUGAUACUAAUAUUAGAGAUGAGGUUCGAAGAGCAUAUCUACAAAAAGGACCUUGUCAACCUAGAGGUCAUUCUUUCCCACAAAGUAAUAUCUCAGGACUUAAUCGACGCUUCAUUCCCCAAUGGUUUGAUGAAUUUGAUUGGUUGGAGUAUAGUGUAUCUAAAGAUGCUGCAUUUUGUCUUUAUUGCUAUCUCUUUAAAUCCAAUUUUGAACAAGUGGGUAGUGAAGCCUUCACUGGAGCAGGGUUUAAGAAUUGGAAGAAAGGGAGAGAAAGAAUGAAGGUGCAUGUUGGACCGGUUGGUAGUGUUCAUAAUAAAGCUAGAGAAGCCGCUACAAAUUUGAUGAAUCAAAAUACACAUAUUGAAACGGCUGUGAGCAAACACUCUGAACAAGCUCGUAUGGCAUAUCGAAGAUGCUUAAUUGCAUCAAUCAAGUGCACUAAGUUUCUAUUGAGACAAGGUCUUUCUUUUCGUAGAAAUGAUGAAAGUGCCACUUCAAGCAAUAAGGGAAAUUACUUGGAGCUAUUGCAAUUCCUUGCAGACAAUGAUGAGAAAGUUAAAGAAGUUGUGUUGGAAAAUGCUCCGGGGAAUCUCAAGUUAGUAGCUCCAAAGAUUCAAAAAGAUAUUGUCAAUGCAUGUGCCGGGGAAACACUUGAUGUCAUCAUGAGUGGUUUAAAAGAUAGAUUCUUUUCUAUAUUGGUGGAUGAAGCACGUGAUAUUUCUGUGAAAGAGCAAAUGGCUAUGGUGUUGCGUUAUGUGGAUGACAAAGGGCAUGUAAUUGAAAGGUUUGUGGGGGUUCAACAUGUUACCGACACCACUUCAAGUUCACUAAAGGAUGCCAUUGACCUAUUCUUUUCUUCCAAUGGUUUGAGCUUUUCCAAGUUACGAGGACAAGGUUAUGAUGGAGCUAGCAAUAUGAGAGGUGAGUUGAAAGGCCUUAAAACAAAGAUUUUGAGAGAACAACCUUGUGCAUACUAUGUUCAUUGCUUUGCUCAUCAACUUCAACUAGCACUUGUUGCCGUAGCAAAGAAGAAUAUUGAUAUUGCCUCUUUCUUCACAACCACUAAUAGUGUGGUUAACCAUGUUGGAGCAUCGUGUAAGCGGCGUGAUGCACUUAGAGCACAACUCCAAGAAGAACUUGUGAUAGCUUUUGAAAAUGAUUGUCUUAUAACGGGUGCCGGUGAAGCAAAUAAGAUUCAAAGGGAAAUACUUACUUUUCAGUUUGUGUUUCACCUAUUCUUAAUGAAGGCUAUAUUGGGACUCACAAAUGAUGUGUCACAAGCAUUGCAAAAGAAAGAUCAAGAAAUUGUGAAUGCAAUGGCUUUGGUGAAAUCAUGCAAGGAAAAGCUACAUUGGAUGAGGAAUAAUGGGUUUGAUGCAUUGGUUGAAGAGGUGUCUUCAUUUUGUGACAAACAUCAUAUUGAUGUUCCUAACAUGGAUGAGGCCUUCGUACUUCCAGGAGGUCAAGGCGUAAUGCUCCAAUAA